AUGAAUGUAUAUAUUUUUCCUGUUUCCCUCAGUCUUAAUUUUUAUAGUCUGCUUUUAUUUAAUUUAGAUUACACGAAAAUGAUUUAAGAGCGAAUUAUUUUAUAGCGAAUCGAUUGUGAAAGAAGUUGUAUUUUUGUUAUAUAAGACGAUUUUUUCUCUAAGGAAACGGUAAAAUCGGUAGAUUGAAUUGCAGCGAUAUAUAUGCGGGUAUACCGCUAAUAACAAAUGUCCGAUAAGACUCACACGAUACGAACCGGGUGUUUCGAGUGGAAUCGAUCAGCCACGUCACGGUCCAAUGUUUUUACAUUUGCCGUAAACCUCAUUUAUGCGAAUUCAUUUCUUUAUAAUCGCGUUUGUAAAUAUGUGUGUGUAUGUGUAGCGUUAGCUAUAUUCCUGUAGCGGAAUUUCAAUAUUGUCGGUGCUCAAUUUCAUGAAUAUCGCGUGCCGCCUUAGGCAUUCAUUGGCAUACAGUCAUAGCUUUUAUUACUGUAAACACACAGAAACCUUUACGAUUCAUAUCAAGAUAAAUAUUUCUCAGUUCUCUUACGAUGUUAGGAUGUCGUUUAAAUUGUGUUAUGUAGGGAAAAUUUAUAGACAUAAAAGACAUUUCUCCUUGAUUCGCCAAAGGGGAGAAGCUUGAUUUAAGCUGAAUAAUGAAACGAUUAAUCAGAGUCUGUAAAGCAAGAUUGACGCGUUGUAAAUAUUGGACAAGUAGGAUAGAGUUCGUCAAAUCUUCAACAUCGCAAGUAUACAGGAUUACGUGCUUUAUUUUCACUUAUAGAAAGGAUCUUACAAGAUAGGCACGAUACAUUCAAGCGUGCUUUUAUCAAAUAACACUAUAACAAAAUAUUAUCGCUUCAAUGUCACGUUCACAUCUACCUUUUUCUUAUCGAUUUUAACAUACUAUUAAUAUAUCUUUUAACACGCGUUAAAGUAUAAAAAUAAUUAAUCGAUCGCGAAAACGUGCGCAAAAUUUUCUCUUACUACGAGACUUAUUCUUUUAUUCGAAAAGAUAGUUUGGGGAUAAUUAUUUAUUUUUGUGGUAUAUAUUUUGUGUCUCUCAAGGUACUUGUAUAUGCGACGCUAUCGCUCGUUAUAAAGUAUAAGACGAUUCUCGCCAAAGUGGGGGGAUGGAUGGGGGUGGUCGAUAUUAACCGCGAAGCACUUUCCUUCGCGGAGAACGCGGUGGCAAUAGUCACAUGCCGGCCGCGGUCGAGUAUACUCGCUGUGUCUCUCUGCUGCUUCACUUAAAUGAUUUGUAUGCGCGACUUAUGCACAUGUCACUGGAAGCAUCGAUGAGCGAUCAGGCGUCAUCGGAUUCGCGAUCGCGGGAGAUCAUGAGGGAUAAUCGGUGGUUCCUGAAGGACGAGACGUAGGAGGAUAUGUCCGGCUGCUUGUCAUCAUCUAUGACAGGAUCGACAGAUGCGGGGCCCCUGCAGCCCCAGGAAGAUCCCGCGCCGCCGUCGACCUAUGACCUCAGACCGUUGUCAGAGGGCAAUGGCUCGUCGGCCCGCCGAGGCAAUCGUCAUCGUCAUCAGCUGCGACGUAGGAUGACGUCCGCCCCAUCGUCCGGACAAACGAUACAGCUGACUCCACUUUGGGAACACGUAGUGCGUACGCGUAGGUUUCCAUCCGAGGUCGACACGCAGGCCACCUUCGUUGAGAUCUCCGAGAGACUUCGAGACCCGGAAUGGGAAGUGCGCCAGCAUGCUCUGCGGGUACUAAUGGACGUUCUACCAACUCUGAAUGCCGAUGCCGUUGACAAGGUCAUGCAACCGGUGGUGCCGGAGCUGAUCAAUAAUUUAGGGCAUCCAGCGCCGGCGGUACGGAAGGGUGCCUUGGACGCGCUGCGGGUCUACCUCGUUCAUACCCCCAACAGAGACAGCGUGGUCAAAAAUAUCCUCCACGACGGCUUGAAUCGACCGGAUGCUCACAAUCCGUUUCAGACGAAUGUGACGACGGGCGUGAUUUUGAGCGCACCGUUGCUACUUUUUCCGUCAUCUGACAGUCCCCCACCGACUAUGCAGAUCCUCAAAGACGCCACGAUCGCCUUCGCUGCACGGUUGGUUCAGGUACCGCACCAGGAGGCCGCUCUCAAAUCCCUUAUGAAGAUUCGCAAUGAGGUCGGCGACGAAGAAUUCGAGAGUUAUUUAGCUGAUUACGACGAUAAGUUGAAGAAGAACAUCGAUGUUCUUUCAAAGAUUUACAAUAUCAAACCGAGCAAGAGGAAGCGAGAGAGAAAUCACGAGCAGGAUAUCGUAAAGGCCGACAUAAAGGAGCAGCGUAUCUUGAACAAAUCCUGGGACAGCGAUAGUGACACUUCCGGUAUUGCCGAGGAAGAGGACGAGGCAUCGAACGCUAUACCGCCGGCGAGAGUCGUUUUGGAGACCGAAAUCAAGUUCAAUGAAGAGACGGCCAUCACGAUGACGAUUCUGGAGGAGAAGGACGAGAACGAGAGCGGGGACGACGGGACCGGUAAGGGCGAAAAUCCAUCCUCUCCGAAUAAACGGAAGACGCCCAGACGCGUCCGCUUCGGCGGUGAGAUCGUCAAGCUGAGGACACCCGACAGCGACGAGACAGAAUCGAUCGAGAUAACACCUAAGACGAGGAUCCCGCUUCCAGUGUCGCCGGCCACCAAAAUGCCGGAAACGACGAACCGGAGACGACCUUCGUCGCAACCGUGCAGUCCCCACGCGGGUGAGAAGCGGAGAUCGAGGAGGGUUUCUAGAUCGGCAUCCAGCAGUCCCAAGAGAGAAUAUACGCACAACGCGCAACUGAGUCCUAAGAAAAGUAUUCUCACACGAACGGAUGGUCCUCUCAUUAUCGACCCCGUAACGGAAGAAAUUAAGAAAGUAAAGAAAGAUAAGAGAAACGGCGAAGCAGUUUCAGAGGAUAAAGAUUCUUUUAAGGUAAACGAUAGUUUAAAAGAAAUUAACGAGACAUCGAGGAAGGAAGAUAACACCUUAGAUCAGACAACUUUAGGCGCGGCAAAUAAAGAAGAGAAACCGAUGAAGAACAACGAAAAUAAUCGAGCGAAGGAUGAAAAUAACAUAUCCAAGGUAGCUCAAGUUGCAAUCGCAGUACCGAAGAAUGUGUCCUCGAAAGGAGAACAAGCGAUUCUCGAAGAUAAUCAUGCGGGCAUGAUUGACGAGAGCGUUUCCGAAACUACCUCGCGACGAGAAAAAAAUUCAUCGCCGACUAAAUUAUCGAAUUCGAGUGGUCCAAAGACGGUCAAAGAUAAUAAGGACGACAAUCUCAAAAUGGAAAAAGAACGCUCGAACAAAGAUGUUCGGAAAACAUCGGAAAGCAAUUUUGUUAGCGAUUUUUCCAACGAUCUUCCAUUCGGAUCGCCGGUUAACGGCGAAUACGAAGCGCAAAUAGAUCGCCUGGUCGGCGGUGAUUUUGUCGACGAUGAUGAACGGGAGGAUGUGCGUAUUUUCGGCUCGAUUACGGACGAUCGUGCGACGAAGAACGACGACGGCGAAGGACGAAGGAGACGCGGUCAAUGCUUUGACAGGAAGAGCAUGUCGGAGGGGAACGGAAGUGUCACUUGCAGCAGUAGCGAGGGUGAGAGUAAACCGCGAGAACCUAGCUGGGAGGAACUUGGAUUGGUCGGUCAAGAGGUGUUGGAUGAUUUGCAUAAUAAGGUGAGUGGAUUCGAAAAUAUUUCCGGAUAAUUGCAAGGUUAAUGAGUACACAAAAUAUUUUAUAUAUGUGUGUUGCAUGUG